AUGGUUGAGGCUCGGGAUGGUUUUGUCAUUAUGAAAGACAUCUGUGCUGAUGCUGUAGGGCAGUGUGUAGAUUUCAUGUAUACUGGUGAAGCAAAUCCAUCCAUGGAAUCUGUUGAAAAUACUUUGUAUGCUUCCCACUUAAUGCAGCUUGAUGUAUUAUCAGGUAUAUGCUUCAAUUUUAUGGAAAAUAAUCUGUCAGUGCAGCAUUGCCUCCUAGUGGUCAGGAUGGCAAGACUUUAUGAUCGUACAGAGCUACAAAUCAUUGCUGAGCGAUUUAUUGUGGAUAAUUUUGAGUCUUUGAUUUUGGGUGAAGAUUUUCUACAUUUCAGUAAAGAAAAUCUUGUAUUUUAUCUGCAAAAGUUGAAUAAAAAACAUGAAGUAGUUUGGCAUGCUGUGAGAAGAUGGAUUCUAAACAAAGGUGAAAAGAUUGGAUCAGAACUGAUGGGGACUUUGCAUUUUGGAGAGUUUCCUUAUAACUUUCUGUUCACUGAUCUGCCAAAUGAUUCUUUGGUAAAAACCUCUCCAGAAGCAAAAAGUUUUGUCAUCAAAAAAUUGCUUUUGAAUAUCGAUGGGUUGAGAGAAAAUUUGUCUCUAAUCGUCUUGAAAACAAAGUUGACUCAGAUAAUGUCAGUAAUAUAA